AUGGACAAAGUGAAGCAUGUCAGGAUUCCUCUGGAGAUAAGCGCAUACGCCGAAACUCAUGACAUUUUGAGUCUGACUCGGGAGAUGGUUCGCGGUCUGGUGAUCGAGCAGCCUGAGGAGCCUCUGGAGUGGCUCAUCAGAGAACUGAAAAAACCGGAGCGUCUUCCCCGGGUGUUGGUGCUGGGACCUCCGGCCGUGGGCAAACGCAGCGUGGCAUCCCGUUUGGCGGUGAAGCUACGAGCAGUCCAUGUGACCACGGAGUGUUUAAUGGACGACUACAAGGACAUGAGCGUUCAGGCGCGCACCUGUUUGAAAAAGGAGCAGGAGAUCCCCGCUGAUCUGCUGUGCGCUCUGGUGCAACACAGACUGGGGAAAACAGACUGUUUUAACAGGGGCUGGAUCCUGGAUGGCAUUCUUCAGAGCAGACUGCAGGCUCUGGCUUUACAGAGAGCAGGAAUCCUUCCUGAACACGUGGUUCAUCUGUCUGCACCUGAGGACGUGCUGCGGGAGCGAAAUCGAGGGCGGCUGCUGGAUCCAGACACUGGAGAUGUGUAUCACCAGACUUUCAUCUGGCCUGACCACACGAUUGUUGCUGACCGGCUGGUGAAGGGCCGGGUCCUGACAGAGGAGACACUCUCUGCACGUUUACAUCGUUACCGCUGUGAGAUCACUGGGUUAAGCUCUGCCUACAAACAUUCUCUGAAGGUGUUCAACAGUGACCAGCCACAUGAGGAUGUGUACCAACAAGUGCUGGCAUUUGUUCAGACCCGGGACUGCCAGAGAACCCCCAGAGUGCUGCUGCUGGGUCCCCCAGGUGCAGGGAAAAGUCUGCAGGCACAAAGGCUCUGUCACAAGUACAACCUGGUCAACAUCUGCUGCAGUGAGCUCCUCAGGGCUGUGGCUACUGACGGCUGUGAACUAGGGGUUCAGAUCAAAUCCUAUCUAGAUGUGGGGCGCCCCAUACCGGACUCUUUGGUCUUGGAGGUCCUGGAGAAGCGGUUGAAUAGGGAGGACUGCUACAGGGGGUGGGUCCUCCAUGAUUUCUCAGAAGAGAUCAACCAAGCCCAGGCACUGAAGAAAACAUUUCAUCAUCCAAAUCGAGUGUUCUUCCUGGACCUCAGUGAGGAGGAGAGCCUUCACAGAGUGUCUCUGAGAGCCACAGACCCAGUGACAGGGAUCAGCUAUCACUCCAUGAGCAGCCCAGCUCCAAGUGCUGAGGUCCAGAGCCGCCUGCAGACCAGUCCAGCCCACCACAGGGAGGCUGUGCUCCAGAAGGUCCAGCACUUUAACUCUCAGAGAGCUGGACUCAGUGCAGUGUACCCUGAUGCCAUCCACAUUGACGCACAACAGGACCCCCAGUCUGUGUUUGAAAUCCUGGAGAAAAAACUCACCACCAACUGAGACAAAGAGACAUGUUCUGAA